AUGGAGCUGGUGUUCGUCUUCGUGAAGACCCUCACGGGCAAGACCAUCACCAUCGAGGUCGAGCUGAGCGACUCGAUCGGGCAGGUGAAACAGAAGAUACAGGAGAGGGAUGAUAUCGUCCCGCCCAACCACGAGCAGUGCCUCACCUACGCCGGCACGCAGCUCGAGGACCACCACGCCCUGGCCCACUACCACAUCAAGAAGGAGUGCACCCUCCACCUUCUCUUCCGCCGCCGUCCCGAUGAGCCCAUUCGCAUCUUCAUCAGGUGGCUCGUGGGCGGGAGCACGAGGCUCAAGGUCAGGCCGAGCGACACCAUCGCCCAAGUGAAGCAGGUGAUAGGGGACAAGAUGGGCAUCGCUCCCGACCAGCAGCGCCUCAUCUUCGCCAGCAAGCUGCUCGAGGACCAGCACACUCUCGCCGACUACAACAUCGAGAACGAGUCCACCGUCAUCAUCGUCCUGCGGCUCCGCCCUGGCAGCUAG